CUCCCCUCCCCCCACCUCUUCUAUCCUUUUUUGCUAUUCUGUCAUUUUUUCUCUCAAUUCAUACGGCUCUUCUUCGGCUUAUGUCCUGGAUGUUGAUUGUGUAAAUAUGCUUGAUCUCGCCGCCUGAGUGUCUUCUUCUUCUUCCCCCGAAUUCCCCGUUCCGGAAGCUCGGCUCGUGCAUUCACCUGAGACUUUUAUCUCUACGGAACCCCCCUGCAAGUUUACGACCACAAACUCUUUUAUUCUUGGCUCUCAGAUACUUGGAGCCCGUCAAUCUACUUGCACAAUAUAGUUCGUUGCCUUUUGGGCAUCGUGCGACCAUGGUGGGAGGCAUUAGCAAGCGGCAGCAAUACCGCAAUGAGCGGGCAUUGCAGGACCUCAUCCGGUCGGUUCCUGGCAACGAUCGAUGCGCUGAUUGCCAGGCUAUGAAUCCUGGCUGGGCUAGUUGGAACAUGGGCAUCUUUCUUUGUAUGCGAUGCGCGGCCCUACAUCGGAAGCUUGGCACGCAUAUUUCCAAGGUCAAGUCUUUGAGCAUGGACUCGUGGACGGACGACCAAGUCGAUAAUAUGAAAUCGCACGGUAACAACAUCAUGAACAAAAUAUUCAAUCCUAAGAACGUGAAGCCACCCGUCCCGACCGACGUUGAUGAGUCCGACUCGUGCAUGGAGCGAUUCAUCCGGCAGAAGUAUCAGCAUCGGUCUCUAGACGAGAACAAACAGAAACCUCCGAGUCGUCAUGACUCGGGGUAUGAUAGGUCUCCGGAGGGGUCGCCGCCUCCCUUGCCUCCAAAGCCCGCCAGGCCGUUUGGCUUCGGCCUUCGUUCGGCCUCAUCCGCAACGAAUCUCAACCGCAUCUCCAACCGCAGCGCCUCCUCUCCUCAAUCGGACAGAUUCGAUUCACCUUCGCCGGCGCUAGGUGCAAGGAAGGCUUCGGGGGAUCCGUCGUUCGACUCGAAACUGGCUACCCUGAGGGAUAUGGGGUUCACAAAUGAGCGUCGGAAUGCUAUUGCUCUCCGCGAAUUGAAUGGGAACCUUGAUAAGACCAUUGAGACGUUGAUGAGGCUGGGAGAGGGCAACGGUUCUGUGGUGCGAGCACCUGCUUCUGCUUCUGCUUCUACUCCUAGCGUCGAUUCCUCCAAAUUCGGCAAUCCCUUCGAUCAAUUAGACUCAAGGCCAGCAGCCCAGCCCAGCAGCAACUUCAACCCUUUCGAUGCACAGCCGCAACCGCAACCACCACAGCAGCAGCAACAGCAACAGUUGCCUCAGUCGGCCUCUAUGCAGCCGCUUGAGCAGUCGUUUCAGGGCCUGCAGGUCGCCCAGCCCUUGUUUCCACACUCUACUGGAGGCUACCCGUACAGACAGUCCUCACUUCCUCAGCCUCUUUAUCAGCAGGCGCCUCCCGCAGCUUCUACCUUGAACCAGGGUGGAUACGUCGCAUCCCCACAGAUAUUGGACGGUAGCCACAACCCCUUCUUCCAAACCGGAGCUCAGCCGCAGGCCAGCCUGACCACUCCGGGUGCGAGCCCUAACCCCAACAUGGGAUCAAGCAACCCCUUCUUCGGACAGGCUCCAUCACAACAACCAUCCAUGCAGGCGCAAAACCAGGCGUCAGCCGGUCCAUUUGGACCUCCGCGACAUGCGAACACCAUGCCUAUCAUGUCUGCGACGUCGCCAUUUGGCCAGCCUUCGCCAUUCCAGCAGCAACAGCAACAGCCGCAGCCGCAGCCGCAAGCGCAGCCCCAGCUCCAAGUGCCGCCCACGCAACCAGGGCAAACCUCCAUGAACCCGUACCAGAUGAUGAAUGCGCCGCCCACGCCGCAGAGUGCAGGAUAUCCCGCUCCAGCGCAGUACGGGUACCAGAUGCCUGCCCAGCAUCUGUAUCCGCAGCACACAGCCCGUGUCGACAAGAACAGCAUUCUUGCACUGUAUAACCUCUCUCCCCAACCCCCUACGAUCCCCGAACACCCCCAAACCCAACAGCCCUCCGCGGCCGUCAAUCCAGCCCAAUCAGUCCCGAUGAACCCGCCACAACCGUCCCACUAUCAACAACCCGCACCUACCUUCCAACAGCCCGGCGCCACCGAUCCCCAAGCGACAGGGACACGGAACCCCUUCUUCACCGCCGCUCCAGCCGCCGCUCCAGCAGCCCCUGCUGCACCGUACCAGAUGGCUAUGCCCCAGGCUGCUCCCCAGCCCACGGCCGGUUUCGCAAUGAACAACCGCCCCGCGACAUCAGCAGGCGGGUUUCCUCGCGGCCACAUGAGCCAGCAGAGUGUGGACAUCAAUGGCUUCCAGAGUGGCCGCCACAGCCCGGACGCGUUCGCCAGCCUGAGUGCACGCUACGGCUAGACAUCUCGAUUCCGCUUCAGCCUUCAUGUGUUCUUUGCGGUUUUUUUCCCUAUCUUUUCUUGAGCGUAUAUAUUACAUCUCUUCUUUGCCCUAAUCCGGGGAUUCUUUUUUUUUUUUUCUUUUUACUUCUUCUU